CAAACUAUCGUUGGGAACCCCUACUGGUUAUCAAGAAACUGGAAAGACAAGCAAACAAGCUCUAUAGUUAUUGCUUUCAAAUCCGAAGAAGAAGCGAAGAAGAUUGGCAAUAGAAUAACAAUUCUUGGCCAAUCACUCCGGGUGGAGAAAUACCGCCAAAUCCCACCUACUGCUCAAUGCAGUAAGUGCCAAGGAUUUGGACACAACUUCAGCAGAUGCAAAAACACAGCUAGCUGCCAGUUCUGUGCUGAAAACCACCUAACUACUCAGCACUUUUGUAGUAUCUGCAAAGUAAAGGGAAAGGCCUGCAACCAUACGCUCCCAAAAUGCAAAAACUGCAAACAAACCCACUUUGCUAACAGCAAAGACUGCGAGGUUCCUCUAUCUAUUAAA